AUGGUGUCGGCAUCGACCUCAGCCUAUGUCGGUGGCUACCUGUUCUCUGUCGACGCCAUCAAACAUCUACUUAUGAAAUCUUAUGGGAUCGACGAACGAGUCAUUGCAUCGCGCGGCGCCCUCACCUGUGCCAGGGAAGUCUUCUGGAACCGCAAGUUCCUCGACCGGCCAGGAUUUGUUCCUUUUGGGCUCCUCGACGAACAAUUCGACUGUCCAGACGGCUGGGUCUUAGGGUGUCGCCUCGCAUUCGGCUGGGAUGGUAUGCCUGCACCCGACGUCUCUCUCAAUGUGCAAGUCCAAGCGUACGCCGACUAUUGGUACCCUCAAGCUCUUCGGGGACUCGAAGAAUUUAAGGACGUCAAGUACGUACAGUUUCGCUUACUUCGCAAGAUUGGCUGUGCAAACUUUAUGGUGGACAAGGCGCGCGAUUGUACCAAGGAGAAGCCUCCUCUGAAUGUCAGAGGGCAGGUGCAGUGGCUUCAGAGCGAAGCGGAAAAAGGGAGAUUCCACUCGUAUUUUGCUCCCCGGCUCUUAUCCGUCUUAUACAAAGAAGACGUCGAGAACGACUCUGGCUUCGAGUCUGGGGAAGAUGUCCCCGCCUUGAGUUCAUUAUGGGCACCCCGGCGUUUCUUGCACCGAGAACCAACCCCACUGCGCGCAGAUGAUGCUGGGCCGAGCAGUCUGUCUUUGCUUGAGAUGAUUCGGACUGCCUCUGCGUAUUAG